AUGACAAAAAGAUUACUUUACUAUUUAUUAGACCCUGAUGAUAUUUUGCGAGAACAUCUUUCUCGCUACUUCCCAUUCAAUGAAACUUCUAUUUCAAGACAUUCUCAACGACCUAUUUCACCGCCCUUAUCGAGGGAAGGUACUCCACGAUCAUCAUAUGAAACCGCAUCAGUUACCGAGAAUCAAAUGUCUGUAGAGUCACCAUGUCAGUUAAUAGAAGAAACUCAUAUACAAGCUGAAACAGAUGUAUCUUCACCAAAAGAAAAAUUUCAAUAUGAAAAUUUUGAAAAGCCUUCAAAAAACGAAUUCCGAUUUACGGACGAAAAUGAAAAUUUUGAAUCAUUUACAAAACCGGUGACUUCAGCGAUACAACAUGAAACGGCAAAUGUUGAAAUGGAUGUUACUUCAACCACUGUAGAAAGCUCUUCAAGCGAUAAGUUGCUUGAAGGUGCUACUGAACCAAUUCCGCUUUCACCUGAUAUUCGCAUGGUCAAAAUAAAUGGCUUAGAGGUUUUUUCCACAAAGAUUAAAGUGGGAGAAACCGAAGUUCAAAUAUUACGUCGCGUUGAUACAAAUUGUGUUGAUAAAUUUUCUUUAAUACAAAUCGCGGCAAAGUUAAAUAUCGAAGAAAAGCUUGGCAAAUUUCUUGAUCCAAGACUUUUCGACUAUUUUGACGUUGAUUUAGAUCUUCCAGUGCCAACCGGAACAUGCUGUGGACCAUUAGCGGGUUUCGCUUACUGGUUUCAGUGCGUGAAUCCUAAAAAAAUUUUUCUGGGUUGA